AUGAACACCCGCCAAGUUAUUGAUGAGUCCGUCGGGCCGUAUUCGCUGUCGGCGGCCUUCAACAAUGAUAGCAGCUGCUUCUCCGUGGGCUUGAACACCGGAUUUUGUGUGUUCAACGCCAACCCUUGUGAGCUCAAGGUUUCUAGAGGUGAGCUUCGUGAAUGUCCUAUAUUACUCGAAGAUCAUAUUUCACUGACGGGGAAUGCUGUAAUACUAGACUUCAAUGCAGGCAUCGGUGUCGUCGAGAUGCUCGGCCAAUCCAAUUACCUGGCCAUUGUCGGCGGAGGACGAAACCCUAAAUUCCCUCAGAACAAAGUACGCUCAAACACCUCCUCAAUCCCAAAGGCAGAAAAAACUCACACAUCUCUUCCUCAGCUCGUUAUCUGGGACGACGCAAAGCAGAAAGCCGCCAUCACCCUUGAAUUCCGCACCUCCGUCCUCGGCGUCCGCCUCUCCAAGUCCAGAAUUGUGAUAGCACUUUUGAACAGUAUCCAUGUAUUUGCGUUUUCGACACCCCCACAGAAGCUAUCAGUAUUCGAGACAUCGGAUAACCCGCUGGGACUAGCUUGCCUGGGCCAGAAGCUGCUUGCCUUCCCUGGCCGGUCCCCGGGACAGGUGCAGGUCAUAGAGCUGGAGACAGGCAACAUUAGCAUCAUACCGGCUCAUAGCUCUCCCUUGCGCGCCAUGGCCUUGAGCCCCGAUGGAGAAGUGCUCGCAACGGCCAGCGAAGCUGGAACAUUGAUUCGAGUAUUUUCUACAGCAAACUGUACGAAGCUGGCAGAGCUGCGCCGGGGCGUUGACCAUGCGGUGAUAUUCUCACUUUCAUUCUCUCCAUCCAAUACCCUACUCGCAGUAACUUCCGACAAGUCCACACUCCAUAUUUUCGAUGUACCCCACCCGCACCACAUCGCCCACCGCAGCCAGUCUCCGUCAGCAACGGAGGAGGGAACGAGGCAAAAGUGGGGUAUUUUGGGCAGACUUCCUUUGCUCCCGCGCGUCUUUUCCGAUGUUUACUCCUUUGCCAGCACGCAUUUUGAAAUUGGCGAAGAGGCCAUGCCUGGGACACCGUAUGUGCCGCCCAUAGGUGCAUCGCUGGGUCGGCCUCCGAAAGGCGUCAUCGGUUGGAUGGAUGAUCAGACCCUUUUGGUAAUUGGAUCUGGCCAGGACGGGCGUUGGGAGAAGUUUGUUCUUCGGGACGGUGACGAUGGCAGGCGGUAUUGCAUGCGAGAGGGCUGGAAACGAUAUCUCGGGGGCUGA